CAACGCCCACCAGCUCGACCGGCGGCGCCUCCACCCUUCGCUGCUCGCCGACGAGCCGAUUCUCAUGGGAAAAUCCAAAGACAAGAAGGCGCCGCGGGAGGCGAAGGUUGAUAGGAAGCUGGCGCUUGGGCUUGGAGUGAAGAGGAAGCAGCUGAAGAAGAAGAAGGACAGAGCUUUGGAUGGUGCCGCUGAGAGCGAUGUCGCUGCCGGACAUGGUAUCGUGAAAGAUAAAGAAUUGGUAGGCAGCAAGAAAACUUUAUUGAUGAAGCAAAAGAAGAAAACUAAGCAUGUCAAAGUAACAAAACGUCUUACCAAGGCCGAUAAUUUGGUGUCUGUCGUUGAGGAUGAGGCAACGCCUAAGCUGAAGAAGAAGAGCAAAAGGCAACUAAAGGAAAGGAACAGUCCUGUUGAGGCAGAAUGUCCGUUGGAACGUAAUGAUGCUGACACACUUAGGCUGAAGAAGAAAAAUAAGAAGGUGAAGGAAGGGAAGAGCUCUGUUGAGCCUGACACACUUAAGCUGAAGAAGAAGAAAAAGAAGGUGAAGGAAGGGAAGAGCUCUGUGGAGCCCAAUGAUGAAGAUGAUAUCCUGCAUGAUGAAAAUCCAGAUGAAGAAUCUCUAAGCGCUGAUGUCAACCAACUUGCUGAUGAGAGUGAAGUUAUGGGUAUUGGGGAACCAGAAAAGGCAAAGAAACGAAAGAAAAAUAAGAAAAAAAAAGUGAAGCAAUCUGGGGAAGUCAACACAACAGAUAUGCAGGUAUCAAUUAGAGAGGACAAUUUGGAGAGGCAUGUUGAAGUUGAUGCUGCAGAUGUUGUUGAAGUUGAUACUGCAGAUGUUGAUGAAAUUGCAUCAGUCGAUGACGACUGUUCUAGAGGAAUGAAAAAAUGGAUCUUGGAGUACAGGCAGAAGCGGCCAGGCUUGAAAGUUUUGCAGCAACAAAUAGAUGAGUUUAUAACUGCGCAUGAAGAACAACAAGAGCAGGAGAAGAAGGAACGAGAGGCAGCAGCUGCAGAAGAUGGGUGGACAGUUGUAGUGCAUCAUAAGGGUAGGAAAAAGACUACAGAUGCUGAAACUGGAACAGCGGUUGGCUCUGUAUCUCUGGUUGCAAUGCAAGAGAAAAUGGCUCAAAAGAAACCUAUGGAAGUUGGUCCGAACUUCUAUAGACAUCAGAAACGGGAAGCUCAUAUGACCGAACUGGCGAUGCUGCAGAGCAAGUUUGAGCAGGACAAGAAGAGGAUACAGCAGCUACGGGCGCAAAGGAAGUUCAAGCCUUACUGAUGCUGCCCGAAUUUUGAAUAGGGUCCUUCAGGCCACGGAGGUGCAGGAUUCAUUCUACAUUAUUCAGGAGCAGCUACUGGCGCCGAGAGGCUGGUUGCUAUGUUGAUCAUGCGUACACUGCAUUCCUUUUUUGACAGAAAAUGUUGCAUUGUUGGACAAGAUGAUGUAUGCUUGAUGACCGACACCAUUGACAGCUAUGUACGGAGUACAAUGGCUUAAACAUUUGUAGCACAAAUGUACUUCUUGGUUAUUUGGCCCAUUUUUUGUGGAUCA